AUGCCCCAUCCCAGCCAAAUGUCCAUUGACGAACUUCAGCAGAUCGCUGACCGUGCCGGCCUCGGCAUGACCCGCCAGGAGGUCGAGGAACUCAAGCCCAUCUAUGACCUGUACGCUGGGUAUGCCUAUGAGCUCCACUCAAUCGAUUUUGGCCCCACUGAGAUGGUCGUGCAGUUUCACCCCGACUGGCCCGAAGAGUAG